AUGAAUCGUAGAGUGAGGAGGAAGGUGGCGAGGAAAAGCAAAGGGAAUGUGGUGCAAUCUAGUUUCCCUGAAGUUCUAGAUGAGAUUUUGCAUUUGGAACCCCAAGGAGUUGUUGAUUGGAACUGCUUGCCUGAUGACACAGUAAUUCAGCUGUUUUCUUGUCUGAGUUACCGAGAUCGAGCUAGCUUGUCGUCAACUUGUAAGACAUGGAGGUCUCUUGGAAGCUCCCCGUGUUUGUGGACUUCUCUGGAUCUUCGUUCCCACAAAUUUGAUGCUUGCAUGGCUUCAUCACUUGCUCCCAGGUGUGUGCAUCUACAGAAGCUCAGGUUUCGGGGGGCGGAGUCUGCUGAUGCAAUAAUUCAUCUUCGAGCUAAGAACUUGCGUGAAUUGAGCGGUGACUAUUGCAGGAAGCUUACUGAUGCAACACUUUCAGUGAUUGUGGCUCGGCAUGAUUCACUUGAGAGCCUUCAGCUUGGACCCGAUUCUUGUGAGAGAAUAAGUAGUGAUGCUAUUAGGGCAAUAGCUCAUUGCUGUCCUAACUUGAAUAAACUUAGACUCUCGGGUAUUAGGGAUGUAAAUGCUGAUGCUAUUAAUGCCUUGGCUAAGCAUUGUCCAAAGUUGUUCGAUAUUGGGUUCAUUGACUGUCUGAAUGUUGAUGAGGCUGCACUGGGAAAUGUGUUAUCAGUUCGUUUCCUUUCUGUUGCGGGGACGUCAAGUAUGAAGUGGAGUGUGGUUUCCCAUCUUUGGCAUAAACUUCCUAACCUGAUCGGGUUAGAUGUUUCAAGAACCGAUAUUGGUCCAUCUGCUGUUUUCAGAAUGUUAUCCUUAUCACAGAAUUUGAGGGUUUUGAUUGCUCUAAAUUGUUCUAUCCUUGAAGAAGACACUAGCUUUUCUGCCAAUAAAUAUAAAAACAAGUUAUUAGUUUCCCUUCGUACUGAUAUUUUUAAAGGACUGGCUUCUUUAUUUUUUGGUAAUACAAAGAAAGGAAAGAAUAUGUUUUUGGACUGGAGGACCUCAAAGAAUAAUGAUAAGGAUCUUAAUGAAAUUAUACCCUGGCUUGAGUGGAUGCUAUCCCAUACACUUUUGAGUUCUGCUGAGAGUCCCCAGCAGGGUCUUGAUAAUUUCUGGGUAGAACAAGGUGGAGCGCUUUUGCUUAGUCUAAUGCAGAGUUCUCAAGAGGAUGUUCAAGAGAGGGCAGCCACAGGACUUGCAACUUUUGUUGUAAUUGAUGAUGAAAAUGCUAGCAUAGAUUGUGGUAGGGCUGAAGCAGUAAUGCGAGACGGGGGCAUACGCCUCCUACUUGGCCUGGCAAAAUCAUGGAGGGAAGGGCUUCAAUCUGAGGCAGCUAAGGCCAUUGCAAAUUUAUCUGUCAAUGCCAAUGUGGCCAAAGCUGUUGCAGAAGAGGGUGGGAUUGAGAUUCUUGCUGGUUUGGCUAGGUCCAUGAACAAGCUGGUGGCUGAAGAGGCUGCUGGAGGAUUAUGGAAUCUCUCUGUUGGAGAGGAGCACAAGGGUGCCAUAGCUGAAGCUGGUGGAAUACAAGCUUUAGUGGAUCUUAUAUUCAAGUGGUCUUCAAGUGGAGAUGGAGUUUUAGAACGAGCAGCUGGUGCAUUGGCUAAUUUGGCAGCUGAUGACAAGUGUAGUACAGAGGUUGCUCUGGCAGGAGGUGUACAUGCUCUGGUGAUGCUUGCACGUAACUGCAAAUUUGAGGGAGUGCAAGAGCAGGCUGCUCGAGCAUUGGCUAACUUAGCUGCUCAUGGAGAUAGUAACAGUAACAAUGCGGCAGUUGGACAAGAAGCAGGUGCUCUUGAGGCUCUUGUUCAACUUACUCAUUCUCCCCACGACGGUGUCAGGCAAGAGGCUGCUGGUGCACUUUGGAAUUUGUCAUUUGAUGAUAGAAAUCGAGAAGCUAUAGCUGCAUCUGGUGGUGUUCAGGCCUUGGUUGCUCUUGCCCAAGCUUGUGCUAAUGCCUCCCCUGGACUCCAAGAGAGGGCUGCUGGGGCUCUGUGGGGAUUGUCAGUGUCGGAAACUAAUAGGUACUUGGAAGAGUUCAUCAAGUGCCAUGAUCCUCUUGAUAUCUUAAGAGCGGUGGGUGAUUUUGCUGUUUGGAUUCUUUUUGAAUGUUGGCAUCUUAUUGAAAUUGAUACAAUUUCUUGUGAAAUGGAAAUGUUAAUUCAACUACUGUUGAGAGAAGAAAGGAUUGAGUUAACUAACCUCUUUAGGAAAUAG